GGGUUGCCUUCCGAGCUGCAUGCUUCUCUCAGCCUACACAAUCCACGCAACACAAUUGGAGACACUGUUAUGAUGUUGGAUACGCUGUAAGAUUGACUUGAACUGUGAUCUUCUGUUGAGGGACACACAAAGUAGUGGAUAAAUCAUUGUCUUGAAGCCCAUCAUGGAAGAAACAGACCUGCUAAAGGAACGUCUUCAAGCAAUUACGGACAAAAGGAGGAUCCAGGAACAUAUUGCCAAGAAAAGAAGAGAGCUAGAGGAGGAAAAACUCAAACUCCAAUACAUAAAGAAAAAGUCUCUGAGGGAGCAAUGGUUGAUGGAUGGUCAACAAUCUGAGGAGGAGCAGGAGGCAAUGAGGCUUCAGGUUCAGGAUGAACAGCAACAAAGCGAUGAGCUGCAAAGCAACAUUGAAAAGAUAGAAAAAGAGAUUGAGGCCUUAGAAACAGAGGAGCUCAACAUUUCUGCCAAUGAGGAAUUUGUUCUGAAGCGAUUAAAAGAAGUGGAGAGGACACCCGAGGACAUUAUCAAGAAAGCUAAUUCCGAGACAGAAGAAUCCCAUGGGCAAGAACUAGACGAAGGUUCCGGCAAUUCAGAGAAUCACAACAUUGUUACUAUGGAAACCACUGAGCUACCAGAAGUGGAGAUGGACAACAGUGAGGAAGUCACUGCAACUGAUAUCAAUAUUGAUCAUGAGCAAAUCAGUAUUAACACAGACCCGUCGGAUUCCAACAAUGAAUCAAUUUCGACCAACAUCUCAACCGAUCUUCUAACCAGUGUGUUGCCCGAUUGCCCUGAAACGGUUGUUAGCGAUGACAUACCGGUCCAAGAUGAGAAGGAAGUCAUACCAUUGGAAGAAGAACAUGAUGAGCUCAAAAGAAAUGAGUCCAUCACUUCUUCUGUGUCUGAUACCCUCUCCAGUGCUGAAAGUGUUUAUGAAAAUGAGGCUCAUUGUAAGAUACAGGAAGCAACAGAACAAGAGGAGGAAUUAGAAGAGCACUGUGUACUACAGACAGGUUUCGAUCCAUUGAGGCCUCUUGAAAUAGAAGAAACAUUAGAGGUGGAACAAGACGCAUACCUGGAGCAAUCUACGGAUCUACCGCAAUUCCUGGAUGAGGAAGAUGAACCUUGUAGUUAUGCCUAUCACAGUUUGGUGGUAGAUGACGAGGGGGACACGGAAGUCCCUGAAAACCUUUUGGAAUCGCCAAUUCCUGAAGAAAUAUUGCUCGAGCAGAACAUUCCAGAAGAUGCUCUGUCGGAUAUAUCAAACGAAUCCGGACGUUAUCUUGACCCCGAUGAAGUGGAUGAAUGCUUACGAGUGGAAAUUGCCGCCGCUUCCUCGGAUAGUGACACAGAUGAAAAGUGGAGAACGAUAUUUUCUUCUUCUAUAAAUAAAGAAGAUGAUGACUCCUAUCUGGACAGUCUUCAGUUAAGCGCACAGGAGCUCUUUGUGCAGAAAGUCGAAGUGAUUGACGACCAAGACCAAGAAAACGACCACUACGACGAAGUCCAACUCGACGUUCCGGAGGUUGUAGAAGUGCUAGAACAGCCAGACACCUCAUCUUGUCCUACACCCCCACAAGAUGUGAAAUGUAUCUCUCUGAGUCUCCAAGGUCUGUCGAAAAUCUCCGAAGAUGAAAAUGAAAACGGCAAAGAUGAUAGUAAUAAUCACAACACUCAGGAACAAAUCUCCCCGAACUUGUCAGAUCCAAACAGGAAGCUACCCAAAGACUUCUGCGUGAUACAAGAAACGACGAGCGAGAAUGUUAGCACGGAGCACGUCGACUUCCAAUUGGCUCGUAAGCAGUGGCGGGCAAUGGAAGAACAAACCCAAAACAAGGUUGUCAUCCCUUCAACCCGACAACCCAAUUUCCAUUGCAGCCACAAUUGCAUGUACACACCGGUCCGAAACAUCGAAAGAACUAACAGGAAAUCUCAAGAUCUGGAAAACUUGACUCUACUUGGAGAUUAUACACAAUUCAGCCCGUGUUCAGAAGAUUCCGGCCUGGACGAUUCCAGUUACAGAUCUCCGAAUGAUGAUUUCGAAACACGAGUUGAAAGGGAGAUUCGUAUAUCGAUGGAAAGAGAGGAGAAAUUCCGAAAGGAGAGAGCUCUGUCCUCUAUGGGCAAGUCUGUGGAUGCUCACUUUAGCAGCCCAUCCCAAGGAAUGCCAAGAUCCAUUAGCACUCCGCUGACCCCCUCAUUCAUCAUCACGUCCUCUCCAACAAAAGAACCGCUAAAAAAUGAAACCAACGUUAUCAUUCUUGAUCCAAGCAGUGAUUUCCAUUCCAGUCCCAGGCACGGCGAAUGGUGCUCCGAGGAUAGCGGUUCAAAUCUGAUCAUUUUAGAGACGUCCAAUCUGAUUAUUCGAAGCGCUUCAGACUUUUCACUCAACAAAGUCUGUGAGCCCCAAGAGAAAAUGUUCAUGAGCAACCCCUUUUUCAAGCUCAGGUCACGAAGCACAAUGUCAUUGGUGGAUGAAGAGAUACAAUUGAUGAAGCAAAGAGAGGAAGAGCUGAGGAAAGAAAGGGCAAAUCUUUACGGAAAAGGCAGGUUCGGUGAUAAAAGGAUGCUGACAAACAAUUUGGGUACUUUGUCACUGGAUAAUCCAGCUUGUCUGCCAAUGAAGUGCAAGUCGUCGCCAUCAUCGCCAAUGAAAACACCCAAAAUGGAUCGUUCAACUUUAUCCUGCGAUCAUAGAUUUCCGGAAGGCUACGCCGCAGGAAGACGCAAGAGUGCCAUGGCCCUUCGCUGGGAGGCAGGCGAGUUCACUAAAAAUGAAUAACGAGGAAGACAUAAAUCGUGUAUUCUAAGUGUUAAACAUGCCGUGUUGCCAAUAUUCAUCUGACUUUUGUGAUAUGUUUCAAUAUUGCUUUGGGCUAAAAAAAAAAAGCAAAAUAGUUCAAAUGUUUGUCGCUGCGCUUUAACAAUCAUACAAUAUAAGGAUGUGCAAUUUUCUUGGAUGACUAAGAGUCCAGAAAAAUAGAAAGCUAUAGCAAUUUCAUUUGUUAUUAUAGAAUAAUUCUCCUGAGGUCUUAAAAACGCAUGGACAAAAGUAUUGGGACAAUUUAGGCAGUUUAGGUUCCUUGCGUAUGAAUGCUCAAGUGCUCAUGAAGCCUCAGUUGUUCUAAUAUUUUUGUCCAUAUCGUGUAAAAGCUUCAAAGCAAGCACGCAAUACUUUUUUGCAUUUGUAUAUUGUUUAACGAUUGUAUUGUUUUCCACUGGAUCAUGAAAUCAUUACUUUGUGGAGAAGGAACAAAAUCCAGAGCCUUUGGUGCAAAAAAGAUGGACUACAAAGAGGUCAUGAGGUCAAUGUCGGUCUUGUGCUUGCUCACCUGAGCCCUUGUGUUAACCAAUCAGCUCCCUCCAACCCUUCGUACCUUCUUCAGGUGCUCCUUGUUUUCUCAUCAGUUUGUUUCUAUUUAGUUCUCUUUUUCCUUUCAGUCCUUGUUUGGUUGUUGUCCGUCUCACCCAGUUGCUGCGUAUCUUAUUGUUUGUUGUUUAUGUCUGGCCUUGUCAAGUGCUUUAUACCAGAGGUCCCCAACCACCAAGCCGUGGACAGAGAAACAGUUUUUUUUAUCGACGAUCAAUGAAUUCAGAUCAAGACGCUCGUCCCGGUCACGUAACAUGUUUCCCCAGUCGAGCCCGCAAAGCUGUGGAGCAGAUACUUAGUGGUGAGUUUUAUUUUUUAUUUAUUUUAUGUGGUUUUUUUAUGUAUUUAUUAUUUAUUUAUAUAUUUAUAUAAAGGCCGGUCCGUGAAAAUAACCCACAAUGGACUUAUGAGGAGUAACAUAUUGAUUCGCAAAAGAAUAUUUAAUAGUUCAGCAAGAAACAGGCUCUGUAUUUUGUCCCUUACUGUGCAACAAAAUCAUUUUUCAUGGAGUAAUUCUGCAAACAGCCGAUUAACUUUGCAGCCUGUGUGAAUGUAAGACAAAUGUAUUGUUGAAUUCAGUCUUUGUUAAACCACUGUUGCUAUCUUAAAUGUGAAAUAUAUUUAUUGACAUAUUUUGAUGUUGCUAUCAUGUAUGCUGAUUAUGCCACUUUGCUAUAUAUGGCAUAAAUUCUUAAGAUAAGCAAAAACAUUGUUACAAAGGCUUUGCUCUAAUGUGCCAUGAUGUUGUUUAUUUAUUUAUGUACUUUUUUAAACGUCAAAGAAUAUAUUAUAUGUAUAUAUAUUUAUAGCUAUACAGUAAAUUAAUCAAUAGGAGAAAAUCAAAACUGAAAGCACUUAAAUAAGACAGGUUCGUCUGGCUCGCUGUGAAGACAGGCAGAAAAACUAUGGUUGGGUAUUUUGUAAAUUAGCCAUAUCGUUAUGCCAAAAAUUCAGAAAACAUUUUUAAAAAUUGGUUAUUACUAAGACGUAUUUUCCGGACUAUAAACUGCUACUUUUUUCCACAAGCUUUAAACUUUGCGUCUUAUUGUCCAGUGUGGCUUAUCUAAUGGAUUUUUUUUAUGAUUUUUAUGAUUUUGUAUCAUUUGUGCAUAUUCUUUUACAUAUGGAAAUUAAAGAUUAAAACAUUCUGCGGUUUAUAUAUGAACAAAAUAGGAUUUUCCCCGAGUUUUAGCUGGUGCAGUUUAUAGUCCAGAAAUUACGGAACUUGGUUGUUGGAUUUCACACUUGAUUGGGGGCAGUAACUCCCAACUAUUUGUAAAUUUUAAUAAUAAGUCCCUUUAACUUCUUACCUACUUUGAAUCUGUAGUAUUCAAGAUAUGGAACCACAUAUAUUUUUUGUGGUCGUUGCUUUUAUUGUAUUUUCCAACAGCUUAAACGAAAAAGCAGCCAGCUUGGUGUUUCUUGGCCUCAGCGUCAACUGUUGUUUCACAUGUUGGUUGACUGUACAUCUUGCUUGCUAACGUUUUCACAUUCCGUUAAUGUUUCCUGUUAAGGUUUUUACUGGGCAAUGCUUGGAAAUGUUCAUGAUUGCCCAUGCAAGUGAGACAUUUGUGACAACA